AUGGCGGCCCUGAAGCAGACCGCGAGCAAGCUCCUGGACAGUGGCGAAGAGUUCAAGCACCGCUUCCUCGCGUUCCUGGUGCAGAACAACAUCACGGCCGGGACGGUCAACCAAGCUCAAGUAGAUCUUCUCUGGAGGUACUUGAGUGCCGAGGCUCGGGAGUACUCGGGCGACGUCAAGGAGAAGGACCUUCCUAAUCCUUCGACGAAAGCGGCUCGAGCAGCAGCCGCCGCGGCCGCCGCUGCCGCCGCGGCCGCCAGCAAGGGCAAACCGACCAAGGGCGACCCGAAGGGCGGCAAGCCAGCCAAAGGCGGCCCGAAGGGCAAGCUCGGGAAGGGCAAGGAAGCCGCGGGAGGUAAGGGCGUGGCCAUCUGCCCGCACUUCAACAACCUCGCGACGGGCUGCAGCGCGGGAUGGCCAUGCCCGAUGCGCCGCUGCAAGUCGGAUGGCGCCCGACUGGAGCCGACCGAUGGGCGCUGCUUUAAUUGCGGCGCGGGCGGCCAUGGCGCGGCAGCUUGCCGCCGGCCGCGGAAGCCCAAGGCUCCGGCGAAGGCCGAGAGGGGCCAGGCGGAAGACCAGAACGCAGCCUCGGCAGGCCUCGCCGACUUCUACGACGACGGCGAUCACGAGUUCAACGAUGUCCUCGAUGUGGUCGAGGUCUCCGACCGCCCGCGGGCGAGGAGGCUUCUGGCCAAGGGCGGCAAGCGCUGGAUCCUCAAGGACACUGGCGCCACCCACGAGCUUCGUGGCAGCAAGUCCUUCAGCGACCUGCCUGAAUGCGCCGCCCCCGUCCCGCUGGAGACGGCAGCAGGGGUGGAAGGGGCCAUGAUAGUGGGAGAUGUCGUGUAUGUGCUGGGUGAGGACCUCCAGUGGCUCUUCCCGUUGGGCAGCUACAUCGACGAGAUGAGCCUAGACUUUCACGGAAACUCGGCGAAGCAGGCCGUUCACUUCCUUCUCGGGGCCUACGUCGUCGAGACUCUGGCUGCCAAGAGGGGCCGCGAGCGCCUGGAGUCGAUCGCGAAGGACACCGAGCUGGCGAAGAAGGUGGCGGUCAUGUUCGGGGUGAAAUCCUUCGGGGGCCUGGAGCUGCGGACGAAUCAUGUUGGGCUCAGCGUCUGCGUGCCCAACUUCGGCCCUUCGGCGCGGCCCGGCAGGCCGAAGCUCGAGCUUCCCGAAGAACAGGAGGAGAAGCUCUCCCCAGGCGGCGAUCCCAGCAUCGCGGCCGACGACGAGGUCGAGGACGAGAGCGGCAUUAUCUCCAGGACUUGGUACUUCUGCGUGCCGCUGGAGAGCCCCAAGGCCGCCAGUUGCAUUCAUGCUAUCGAGUCUAUCCUUGCCCAGCUUCGGAUGGAGGCGAAGAGCCCUCCGAUAGCUGUUACUUCGACGCCGGGUUUCGAGCCCAGCUCGAAUGGCCGGGCCGAGCGCGGGAUCGGCGUGGUGAAGCUGAGGGCCAGGGCAAUGCUCCUCUCCUUCAGCGACCCCCUGGACCGGCAGGCCUUGUGGGCGUGCGCCGUGCAGCAUUCUGCGUACUGCUCCAGGAUGCACGCACAGGAUCGACCAGUGAAGUGCCCGGCUUUCGGUGCGAAGGUCUGCGCUCGCAUCGAGGAUGCCCCUUCGUCCAUGUGGGCAGAGCGGGCGCGCGACGCCGUGUUCCUGGGCGUGGGCGCGGAGAGCAAAUGGUUGAUCGGGCGGAAGGACCUCGCCGCGAAACGACCUGAGCAGCGGUGGGUCAUUGAGUCCUCGUCGUCCUUCGCAGUGGUGCCUGAGGUGCACUUCAUGUUGACCACGGUCUCGGAGGAGUCCUUGAAGGUCGCCCUCACCGCGGACGACGACAAUGCGCCUCCCGAGUUCACCAAGAUCGUGAAGGGCAGCGGGCUGAGCAUCGUCACGUGCGCGGAGAUCGCGAAGACGAUCGGGAUGACUAGGGAGAAGUGGCGAGCAGCACUCGAGGGCGAGCUCAACAGCCUGAAGGGCGGUUGUCUUCGCCCCCUCACGGCCUCGGAGGCGCACUCUGUAAAGCCUUCCGAGAUACUGCCCAUGAAGGUGGUUGCGGGGCAGAAGGCUCCAGACGCAUCUGGCUGUCGGCGCUUCAAGGCGCGCGGCUGCGUGUGCGGCAAUUUCGAGGCGGUGGGCCCCUCGGAGCAGACCUUCACGCAGAAUUUUGACAUUGCCAGCCUCCGCAUGGCGCUCGCCGUGUGCGCGCACCGUCGUUGGAGCGUGUCGGCCCUCGACGUCUCUACCGCGUUUCUGAACGCGUUCCUCCCCGUGGACAAGAAACGAGUGGUCAUUCGCCCACCGGCCAUCUUCGUCAAGUUCGGGCUGGUGCCGGCGGGCGAGCUCUGGGUGGCCGAGAGGGCCAUCUACGGGCUGAGGUGCUCACCGAAGGCUUGGGGCGAUCUGCGCAACGCGGAGCUCCGCAAGCUGACGUUCACCGUCGGCGCGCUCCAGUGCCACCUCGAGCAGUCUGCGGUCGAUAGCUCGGUCUGGCUCGUCAAGGCUAACGGGGUGGACGACGUCUUGGGCUAUGCGCUGAGCUACGUGGGCGACUUCUUGUUCAUGGGCUCCGAGGGCGUGGUGAGGACCCUGCAGACCUCCAUCGGCGCGCUCUGGACUACGAGUUCCCAGAAGAUCAUCUCCCCGGACUGUCCGGGAACCAUUCGGUACUUGUCCAUCGACAUCGGCAUAAACCCCUACCGCCUGACGCUGAGCCAACGCGAAUACGUCAACGACAUGCUGAUGAAGUGGAACAUUGCCCAGUGCAACAGCUGCCAGUCGAUCAACCCCGACGAUGAGAUCUACCUGCCCUUCCAGCCCGAGGACGACGAGGAGAAGCCUGACCCUGAUGAUGUGCGCGGUGCGCAACGGAUGGCAGGUGGACUCCUUUGGCUUUCGAGCCGCACUCGGCCAGACCUGUCCUACAGCGUCUCGCGGAUCUCCAGCCAUGCGACUCGGAGGCCGCAUGCGUCCCUCGUUCUGGGCAAGGUCUUGCGGUGCUUGGCGGCUACCCGCCAGUUGGCGCUGGUCUACGUGCUGAACACCCCCCACGAGCUGCAGGACCUCAUCUGCCAGUUGGACGUCUUCUCGGAUGCCAGCCAUGGCGAUGCGGGCGCGCAGACAGGCGUCACUUGUUUCAUGCAUGGGCGCAUGCUGGUCGACUGGCGCAGCUUGAGGCAGCAGUUGGUCUGCUUCUCGACGGCCGAGGCGGAGAUGAAGGGUCUCGCCCUCAGCUGCCAGCUGCUCUACGGUCUGGAGGCGGUCGCCCACUCCGUGGAGCUGCAGACGACCGCAGUCCUCCACGGCGACAACCAAGCGGCGAACCACAUCGCUGAUGGUCGCGGCAGUUGGAGGACGAGGAACCUUAUGACUAAGGACAACGCCAUCCGGAGCCGAGUUGAGCGCGGCAUGUUGGAGCUGAUCUACGUGGAGACGGCUCUGAUGCGCGCCGACGGGCUCACCAAGAGCAAGGGGCCCGACCACAUGGCGAAGGUCAGGGCCCACUUCUGA